GGCCGCUGCUGCCUCGGCGAGCCCGGCUGCGGCGCGGCGGCUGCAGCCAUGUGUUUCUCCGCCUGCCAGUGACACAAUAACACGGGAAGCGGCGGGAGGGAUCCGAGCCUGCCGAGGGGAAAAGUGACCUGAGGCGCUCAGGCCGGCGACGAUGGAGGAGGGCAUGAGCAGCAUGCAGCAGAAAGCGGCGGAGCUGGAGCACAUGGCCGAGGUCCUGCUCACCGGCGAGCAGCUCCGGCUCCGACUGCAUGAAGAAAAGGUCAUCAAGGACCGGCGACACCACCUCAAGACGUACCCAAACUGCUUCGUUGCCAAAGAGCUGAUUGACUGGCUGAUCGACCACAAAGAGGCCUCCGACAGGGAGACAGCCAUCAAACUGGUGCAGAAAUUAAUGGAUCACAGCAUUAUCCACCAUGUCUGUGAUGAGCAUAAAGAAUUCAAGGAUGUCAAACUGUUCUACCGCUUCAGAAAAGAUGAUGGGACGUUUCCCCUGGACAAUGAGGUGAAGGUGUUCAUGAGAGGACAAAGACUGUAUGAGAAGCUGAUGAGUUCUGAAAACAGCCUUCUGCAGGCCAGGGAGGAGGAAGGAGUGAAGUACGAGCGGACCUUUGUGGCGUCGGAGUUCAUCGAGUGGCUGAUCCAGGAGGGCGAGGCGUCGACGCGGAGCGAAGCGGAGCAGCUCGGCCGCAGGCUGCUGGAGCACGGCAUCAUCCAGCACGUGUCCAACAAGCACCAUUUUAUGGACAGCAACUUACUCUACCAGUGCAGAAUGAAUUUCCGCCGGCGGCGGCGAUUAAUGGAGCUCCUGACUGAGAAAUCCCGCCUGAUGCCAGAGAGCCAUGACAGCCCAUUCUGCCUGCGCAAACAGAACCAUGACAACAGGAAACACACCAGCUUUCUCUCAGUGAGUCCCACCAAGGAGAUAAAGAUCGUGUCGGCGGUGCGGAGGAGCAGCAUGAGCAGCUGUGGCAGCAGCGGGUACUUCAGCAGCAGCCCGACGCUCAGCAGCAGCCCCCCCGUGCUCUGCAACCCCAAAUCUGUAUUAAAGAGACCUGUGACUGCUGAUGAGCUCUUGAUGCCUGGAGCCCCAUAUGUUAGAAAAACUUUUACGAUUGUUGGCGAUGCCGUGGGCUGGGGCUUUGUGGUGCGGGGGAGCAAACCCUGCCACAUCCAGGCUGUGGACCCCAGUGGGCCAGCAGCCGCAGCUGGGAUGAAGGUUUGCCAAUUUGUCGUCUCUGUCAAUGGCCUCAAUGUUCUCCAUGUGGAUUACAGGACAGUAAGCAACCUCAUCCUGACCGGCCCUCGAACAAUUGUGAUGGAAGUGAUGGAAGAAAUGGAGGCCUGAGAAGGCAAAAAAAGCCCUAUUACUGGACAUUUUUGUGAGACAAAUAGCAGCAGCCAUGGAGUGGCAUGACACAAGGCAGCAGAAUGUUGCUGUGUCUAAACAGAUGAUUUUGUUUUUAGGGGAGGGGGCUCUCUUUCAUUUAACAAUAAUAGCACUGGUAAGAUGUGAACAAUAGAUACCAGCAUAUUUUCACUACGGACAUCUCUGUGCUCAGCACACAAGAUCAGGGCCUUUAGGUGCUCUGUCCAGCCAUGGCUGCAUUGGUCAGAAUGGGUUCUGCAUAAAAGGCCGUGCAUAUUUCCUCACAGUCCACUACUGGAUCAAAGCACUUCAGGAGGUGAAAGAGCCAAGCACUGUGGGGUUGGAGUGUCACAGAGGGUUUCCAUGAGAUGCUGAGAUUGAUAAACAUUGUCCUGGUGUCCAGCUUUGUCCCCAGAGCAUGUGGAGUCACAGUUACCCUCUCCUUGGGCUGAGGGACAGCUGACUAAAUCCUGGCUUGAUUACGGUCAAACACAAACUACAAAUGCAUGAGAAGAGGUGUGUGUGCUCUGUAGAGGAUAGUCUGGUAUGAAUGUUUGGGCCUGACUCAUUACAUGGGUUAGUCUGGAAAGAAAACAGAAAAACGUGUGAUACUUUUACAAAAACUGCCUUUGAAAAUUGGUCUUUUGGUUUCAAUGCCUGUGUGCUGUAUUAGGUGCUUGAAUAUAAAAUACUGAUUUUGAAGAUUUUUCUAUACCUGUAAAGGAAAGGUGCCUCAGUCUUGCUAUUCAUCACUUUAGAGAAAUUUUGGACACCUAGUUCCCAGAAGAAGAAGAUUUGGCAGGUUGCAGUGGGAAAUUCAUAGUGUUAGCAUAAGAAGUGAUACAUCCAGAUUCUCUAGUAGCAAAAGUACACUUCAAAUUGAAGCAAUGUACUUGAGUGUACAUUAAGCUUAUCAGCACUUUCCAAUCAUCUGAUGUUUUGUGAAAAACCAACUUCCCUCAUGAGCUGCAUUUGACACUAUUAAAAAUAAAACGUAUUUAACUGACUCUUAUUGUUUCUCAAACAGUAGGAUUUUUUCAUUGAUGAAUUAAUGAAAGAAACAUUUUUUAAAAACAUAUAUUAAAAUUCCAUAUUCUUGCAGUUAGGUGACUCUUCAGCUCGAUGUUAAGGGGACUGCAUGGGUUUUCUUUGAUCUUUGAACUGAAUGAAUACAUCCUGCUCCACAAAAUUAUAUAUUUUGCAGACUUUCUCUGCUCUCUAAAUUUUUCAAUUAAAACUUAACUUUCUAUAUGCACAUAUCACAAAUCAUUCAAUUAUGGGGUGGAGAAAGUAUUUUUCCUCAAAUAAUUUUGAAACAUGUUUUGUAUUAAAAAUUGUUCUCACUAAAUAAACUGCUCUUUCAGUAUGUUUUUCAUUCACUCAAACACUUUUACUUCAGAGAUACAGCAAGUCUUCAAACUCAUAUAUUCCUGCAGGUUUGUAGGAAGAAGUCCUUGUGUUCUUGUUUCUGGUUUUGUGUAUCUGUGGUUGUAUUUUCACCAAGAAAACUUCUCAAAUUCCACUAAUAUGUAGCAGCACAGGGAGCUAUAAAACUUCAGCUGCUUACUCAAUGUUAACCAGGCACGAGAGUGUUUGGAGGGUUUGUUCAAACUGUCAUCUGCUGUGACAGUUCUUAAUCCUGAUUGUACUCGCCAGAAUUUUGGUACACAUGUAUGAGCUGUAGCAGGUUACAUUUUACAGGUCAUCUAAAAUAAAUAGCUGGGCAAAUAAUGUUAUAUUAGAUUGUAAUAACUGUCCAUGGUAUCCACUCAGAACAGUUGGAAACAAUCUUGUUGUUCCAGAAAUGUUUCAGUCUGCUGUAAGUAUUUUGAGUUUGUGAAUCCAGGAAUGCUUCUCCAAACAUUUCUAUUUAAUUUCUAUUUUUUAUAUAAUUUUCUCUUUUUUUCUUCCUUUCUUUUUCCCCCCAGGUUGUUUUGGUGGCUUAGCCCCUUUAAAAUAUAAAUUCUGCAUGUUAGGCAAGUUAAAUAUUACAACUGAAGGAUUUUCUUAGCAAAAUGCUAAUGAUUCUCUCUAAUGCCAUCAGAGGUUCAUCUGUAUCACAUCUCUUGCCUUAGUUAAUAUUCUGCUAGAAGUUCUCUGUAGCUUACAGAUAAUUAAGAAACUGGGUCAGAAUUUGGCUUAAUAAUGCAUUACAGAGUGCACUUCAGACUGGAGCAGAAAGAGUGGCAAUGGGGGCAGGGAGAAAUCUGCAUUUCAUUAUGUUACAGAUUGGAGAUGGCAUCUCGAUUCACAAGAUACGUUAGUCUCUAUCACAAUUUGAGCACAGCUACUUGCCUUCUGUUUAACAAGGAUUUCCAUAUUGUGUUCUCAACUUGACUGACAAUCCGGGAUUUAAUUAAUUCUUUCCCUCUUCAGUGUGACAAAGGUAUUCAAAUCAUGUCUGCACUGAAAUUUCGUAUUUUGGAAAAAAGGAUGGAAAGUUAACAACUAAGCUAUGAAAUGUAUAAUUUCCAAUUGAACUGCAGUUUGUCUGCCCAGAGGGCUGCAUAUGCUCCAAGACAUCCCACAGGAGUCAGUGUCAAACUCUCACACACUUCAGAGGGCACAGGAUUUAUAAUAUAACAGAGCACCUUGCUUCCUGCAAAGUGCCAGGGGAAAUGUAAGAUUCUUCACGGAAGUGAGGCAUUCCAAGAGAUGCAUGAAUAUCACAGUGUAGAAUGAAGCAAGAAACCAGAAAUUAAAAAAACAAACCCUGGCACCAGCAGUAAUAGCUUCAUUUAAAGACAGGCAUUUUUGUAAGACUUACUCUCUCCUGUGAUCUCAUUUUUGGUUACUGUAGAUCUUGCAAGAUCCUCUAAUAAAUCUUUAAGCCUUAAUCACUCAAAUUGGUGCCAUUCCUCUGUACAUGUACAUUUGCAAAUCAUUUAUGCAUAUCUUCAAAAAGUAUAAUAUUUAAUUGAAUUCAAGUAGAAGUUAAGCUAAUUGGAGCAUUAAAUCAGUGCAAUAUUUCUCAUAUGUUUGCCUGUUAUAUUUCCUACUAGAUACAUUAUUUUCAGUAUCUUUUUCAAGAUCAAAUAUGUGUAUGGUAUUGAAUACAACUGGUUCCACAACUGUUCCUGUGGAAGGCAUUUCAUUCACACAAUGAUGCAAUAAUCCACUUCAGGUGUAUCUGAACUUAAUUGUCUGCAUUUUAGGUCUGCCUAGAAGCUGAAAAUAAAACUUUCAGAAUUAAAAA